AAACAGCUGGGUAGUUUAAGCUGACAUUUUCAUUCAUUUAUCAACAGAAUCACAAACAAAAUAAAAUGUACACAGAAGUGGACGUUUUUGUUAGUAAUUUUACACUUAUCGAUCCUGAAAUAUAUCAACUGUGGGUUGAAGGAUGCUCAUCUAGCGAGGCAGUUUCAACUCUUCACCAGAGGUCCAUCACUCAGAACACAGGAGCAACUGUUGAACUCAUUGCUAGCGAUGUCUUGGAUCAUUACAGAACUUUUGCCCUGUUGGAGAGGCUCUUCACAGUUCCAUCAAAACUGUCCGAGCAAAUGAUCUUCCAAAUUGAUGAACCUACUAAGCAAAUGUUGAUCGAAAAAUACUAUGACUUAGAUGAUGCAGUUAUAAGAGAGCUUCUGGGCCGGAAGUUGUCAUCACGGCAUAGGAAAGACCUAGAUGAGGUGGCCGAACGUUCCGGAGCGCCGCUGCGCUGCUGCCGGCGGCAGUUCGAUAACGUGCGGCGGAUCUUCAAGGCUGUGGAGGAGAUUCCUGGGAACGUCGUAGCCAACAUACGUUCCACGUUCCUCAUCUCUGAGCCACUUGCAAAGAAAUACGGCGCCGUCGUGUUCAUAGCGUGCAUGAGAUUCGAAACGGCCAAGCGUAAGCUGCAGUAUAUGACCUUCAACGAUUUCUACCAUUGUGCACAAGCUAUCAUGGGCAGCUGGACGUACAGCUGCACGGGCCCCGAGUACUACGACACGGAGAUGGACAGAGAGUUCCUGCUGGAGUUGCGGGAGCUUCGCAUCCUGCUCGACAAGGAGAAGGAGCACAAACAUUUAAUAUGUAUGCGUCUGAAGCCAAAACUCCUCGAAAAGUCAUAUCAAGAACUGGAAUUGAAUUUUAGAUUAUACACUCGCGCGUUGGUCGGUUUGGCUUGCAACCUGCAUCGUGGCAGGGAGCUAAGAUCUCUGUUUGUAGACCUACUUGAGAGAUGCGUGGAGCCGCUACGUUUGGGAAGCUGGCCCAAAACUGAUUUGGCUCAGUUCCUGUGCGCCUACGAGCAGUGCGCUUUGCAAAUGGACGUGCUCAGGGAGGCAGACUUGAAGCUGGUGUGGGAGCGCUACAUGAGAGUCGUCAGCCAGUGCUUGUUGACGAUGUACCAGAUUUAGUCGAAAUAAAUGUUUUAUACUGAGUGU